UCUAUUAUGUGAGAGAGAAGGGAAUUUAGAGAGCUGUGGUGUGAUCCCGCACAUGUUUUAUUCAAAAUGCUUUGCUGCUCUAGAGACGGAUAACACCGUCGUGUCAUGGUCUUGGCAGGAGCGUCAAGAGCGAGCUGAUGUACGUUCUUGGAGAAGAUCCUUCGCAUACCUCACAGGACGUACGCUUGUUUUGUAGAAUACUUUUCAAUAUGAUCUAAUUGUUACAGUCCCAAUCUCGGUAGUGUCGACGUUGCGCAUGGUUGGAGUGCUUUGGAAAUCUAAACUGGUGCUCAUCUGGAGGCUUAGUAUGUUGUUUGCACAUCUGAGUAGCGCAGUCUUGGCUCACACAGGAUGUGCCUACAUGUAAAUACGACAUCAAUCUUUUCCGAGACAUCUAGUUGCGGUGAAACGUGGCACACUCUCAGGUUUUUCACUAAGUGCCACAAGUGGUGAUUGGACUGCACAAUACCGCAGUAUUGUUAAACAAUUGCCUGGAGAGCAUGGUAGUGCACGUGCUUGGUGGUUACCGUCACGCCGAUUAAGUGGGUGCAAUUUGCAGAUAAUUCCGAAGAAGCGGGAUUCCAGAGUGGGGAACCAUCGUGUUGUCAAUGGUGAACAUGAGAGCCAUUAGGUUGAUGCAAUCUCGGGGUAGGGAGACGGUGAACAGAGUUUUACCUGGCAAGAAGCGGUGGAUAGUUGUGGCCGCUCUGCUGGCAGGAUGCAUAUCCCUUGCAAUUGUUCUGGAAACCUUUUCCGAAGGAGGUAUCCGUAAAUCAUUUCUUAGUAUAGUGGUUCAUGCAGCCUCUUGCUCAAGCACAUACCAACUCCCGGAAGACACAAGUAUACCUGAGACUUUGUCUGACUCUUGUUCUAAGGUUGUGUGCCAAUUCCAUAUCGCUCACAGAGUCUUUAUAACAUUGAGAUCAGACAACACCGUCUCGGUUAACAUUUUCUGUCUUAGUCAGGUGCUGCUAAUAAUUAGCCUGGCAGUUGUCUUGAUCGUAUUUUUUCAGCUCACUGUUGUCGCCAUUUACGUCCUGAGGUUAUACUUUCGCUAUUCACCGUCAGGUGAGAACACAGUGCUGGAAGAUGAAGAAGAAGAUUCUCUUCCUAGCACCAGCUCUAUCCAGGAUUGUGUAGCUUACUCUUACAAACAACUUGAGAAAGCUUCGAAUGGCUUCGCAGACAAAAUCGGUGAAGGGAGCUUUGGCACUGUCUACAAGGGGAUGUUGGCACACGAUGGUCGAGAAUCACGGCCUGUGGCGAUUAAGAUGAUGCGCCACAUGACCAUAGAUGAAGGAGAGAUUCGACGAAUUGGUAUGCUACGCCACAAGCAUGUGUUGCAACUCCUUGGUUGGAGCGACUUGAACACCCUGGAAGGUCGGCCGUUACUUAUGGUAACGCCGCUGCAUUCAAGCCUUGCGAAGCAUCUGGAGGAUCCGGACCUGAAGUGGCUGAACUGGGAGGCACGCUUUAAAAUUGCUGUGGGGGUUGCGGAGGGUUUGGCAUAUUUGCAUGAUGGAUUGUUGCAGAAGCUCGUGCACCACGACAUCAAACUCGGAAACAUCCUGUUCGACGUCGAAACAAUGCAUGCGUACAUCGCGGACUUCGGAUCUGCCAAAUUCAUGGAGGACAACCUCGAUCAGGUCGAGACAAGACAAUUUCAUGGCACGACGGGUUACAUAGAUCCUCAUUUUCGAGAUUCCAAGAUCAGGAGCACGAAAAUCGACGUCUACAGCUUUGGGGUUGUGCUGUUUGUGCUUGCAGCCGGCUUAAAAACUUUGCCAAUACCGCAGCUGGUGAUUCAGGCCAAAGACGAGGAUAUUUACGACCCUAAAUUCUUAGAGGACGCAAGCUUCAACCGUGAGCAGCUCAGUAGAAUUUUGAGAAUUGCGAGGUAUUGCACCAGGUACAAUCCUGCCGAGCGGCCUACCCUGUCUCAGAUUGUGAUGAUGCUUAGGAACGACAUCUCAGUGUUUCCGUUAGUGCAAGACCUAUCUCGAGCAGCGUCUUGUGUAGCAACAGCAUUCUCCAAGCUCAAAUCCUUCAGCCCAAGAUAUCCGGCAGUUGGAGACAGGGGUAAAGUAGAAUAGGGGGCGUCUUAGAAGGGGAAUGGCCAAUGGAAGAUUUUACAAAGUAUUUAUGUGGUCCAAUCUUCCAAUAAAAUGGUCUUCCCUUAACGCCCUCUUGACACACAUCGAAUCCUCUAAUUUGAAGAUCCAGAUGUAACCAAUGAGUGGCUGUAAUAAUGGCCCCUUUCAAAAAUAACAAAAGGUAUAUAUAUAUAUAUAUAUAUAUAUAUUUGUUUGUUUACUUAUA